GGCCUUAGAGUUGCCCAAGCCCCUGGGUGACGCCUCCCCGGGGACCCUCCCCUUCUGGGGCGCGUCAUUCUCCCUGCCCCCGGGUCCGACCCGGGCGGCUUCUCGCACGCCCGCCCGGGACGAGUCUCAGCCACCUGCUCCGGAGCCCGGGCGCCCGGCGCCCAUGGAGCCGCCCGCCGGCAAUGCCAGCUAUGCCAGCUGCGAGAACGGCUCCCUGAUCACCCUAUACUGCUCCUCCCAGCAAGUCCUGUGCCAGAUCAUCGGUGACCUCAACCCCCAGGCGCCCAGCAAUGUCACCUCUAUCAGUUGGCAUGAGAAAUUCACGAAGUACUACAGCUUCUACGUCGGCCUGGGUCUGGCCUUCCUGUCCAGCUUCCUAAUCGGCAGCAGCGUUAUCCUCAAGAAGAAAGGCCUCCAGCGUCUGGUGGCCUCGGGGGCCACUCGGGCUGUGGACGGAGGCUAUGGCUACCUGAAGGACUCCAUGUGGUGGGCCGGGUUUCUCACCAUGGCUGCUGGAGAAAUCGCCAACUUCGGGGCCUACGCAUUCGCUCCUGCGACAGUCAUCACACCUCUGGGAGCGCUGAGUGUCCUCAUCAGUGCCAUCCUUUCCUCCUAUUUCCUGGGAGAGAGCCUGAACCUGCUGGGGAAGCUGGGCUGUGUGAUCUGUGUGACCGGCAGCACAGUGAUGGUGAUACAUGCCCCCGAGGAGGAGAAGGUCACCACUGUCAUUGAGAUGGCUGCCAAGAUGAAAGACACAGGGUACAUCGUGUUUGCUGUGCUGCUGCUGGUCUUCUGCCUCAUCCUCAUCUUCGUUGUCGCCCCACGCUACGGACAAAGGAACAUCCUCGUCUACAUUGUCAUCUGCUCUGUGAUCGGGGCCUUCUCGGUGUCUGCCGUCAAGGGUCUGGGCAUCACCAUCAAGAACUUCUUCCAGGGGCUGCCCGUGGUGCGGCACCCGCUCCCCUACAUCCUGUCCCUCAUCCUCGCCCUCUCGCUCAGCACUCAGGUCAACUUCCUCAACAGGGCCCUGGACAUCUUCAACACGUCCCUGGUGUUCCCCAUCUACUACGUGUUCUUCACCACCAUCGUGGUCACCUCCUCCAUCAUCCUCUUCAAGGAGUGGCACAGCAUGUCCGCCGUGGACAUCGUGGGCACCCUCUCGGGCUUCGUCACCAUCAUCUUGGGCGUGUUCAUGCUUCAUGCUUUCAGAGACCUGGACAUGAGCCAGACACGCUUGCCUCACAUGCACAAAACCCCCACCCCCGCCCCCGCCCCCGAGCCCACCGUUAUCAGACUCGAAGACAAGAAUGUCCUCGUGGACAAUAUAGAACUCUCCAGGAACUCCUCACCAGAAGAGAAGCCCAAAGUAUUUAUCGUCCAUUCUUAGCUCAGGGAUCCCGAGUGAGGAUGAGCCCCGUGGUGCAACCUGGCUUCCUGGCGUGGGGAGUUAUAUUCGGCACAGCUGUCACCGAUGGGCUCUCUUCGCUGAGAUGUUCAUUUAUACCUCAUCGCUGUUUCCAGAAGGAAAACCCGUACCCAGUGUGUGGUGGGGACAGAACUUCUUGGGAUCACAGCUUCAGUGACCAAGCGCCCUGCUUAUACUGCUGCCAGGGGGACCCCUGAAACUCCCUUCCCACGUGUUUCCUGGGUGCCAUCUGUAUGUGGGUGGAAGAAGACAGAAUCUGACCUGUUGAAUGUAGCCCAGUCUAAGGACUUCCCUGAGAUGUUGGUCGACAGGAAAUCCUCAGCGCCAUUCUCCUGAGACUAACUCGCCAUUCCUCAGCCCAAAGACUGGCUCAGGGCCAUCGCCAUGCCUCCCUGUCCAGAGACACAGCUAAGGAAAAAUGUCUUGCUGCUUUCGCUGCUUCCUCUUUCUUUGGAGACAGAAGUAAGACCUCAACUGACCUUCUUACUGUGAAAGUCACCUGGUAUCUCAGGGAAACAUUUUCACCAGCCCCACUCUCCAAGAACUCCAGUGGGAGGG